AUGGAAAAUGAUUGCAAUGUUUCAAACUCUUCACAAGCACUUCUUCAGACAAAUGAUAUAUCAAGGUUAUAUAGCCGUUACAACGGAGAGUGUGUGGCGAAAGAUCAGCCUGCAGUUGAGAGUGUGAAGAGGGCGGCGGAGAGAUUAAACAGUUCAUUAUCUGGCAUACUUACCAUUCACAGGGUGACGAUGAGUUCCCUCACCGACUGGAUGCCUUUGGCCCCACUCACGGACGAGGAAAUAUAUGGCACAGGAGACAGUAUCAAAGAAGAGCUCAGCGAAGAUAUUUCCGAGGAUACUUGUAUUGAAAUUAAGGAAGAACAGUUUGAUUAUGCAGAUAAAGAGAAAGAUGAAGUGAAAGAGAAACAUGACUGUCUUUUCUUCCAUAAUCUUGAUAAAGUAAGACAUGAAUCAAAUGCAAAGGACACAUGUAACUUGGUUCAAGAUCAUGAUGGCAUGUUGUUAAGAGAACCAUUUGGGGCAGAGAAUAGUCUGAAUAAGAGACAUGAAUCAAAUACAAAGGACACCUGUAACUUGGUUCAGGAUCAUGAUGGCAUGAUGUUAAAGAAGCCAUUUGGAGCAGAGAAUUGUCUGAAUAAGAGACAUGAAUCAAAUGCAAAGGACACAUGUAACUUGGUUCUGGAUCAUGAUGGCAUGAUGUUAAAGGAGCCAUUUGGGGCAGAGAAUAGUCAGAAUAAGAGACAUGAAUCAAAUGCAAAGGACACAUGUAACUUGGUUCAGGAUCAUGAUGGCAUGAUGUUAAAGGAGCCAUUUGGGUCAGAGAAUAGUCUGAAUAAGAGACAUGAAUCAAAUGCAAAGGACACACGUAACUUGGUUCAGGAUCAUGAUGGCAUGUUGUUAAAGGAGCCAUUUGGGGCAGAGAAUUGUCUGAAUAAGAGUUCAUCAUAUGAGGAUCAGGCAAUGCAUGAGGAACGUCUUAAGCCGGAUACACAACCGAAAGUGGAAUUGAAACGUUUUGUAUGUGAGGUAUGUGGCAAGAAAUUCUCUCUUAAGAGAUAUAUCAACAUUCAUAUGAGAAUUCACACAAAGGAGAAGCCAUACAGCUGUGGGAUUUGCAGCAAGGCUUUCUCUCAGACAGGUUCUCUAAAAAAACACAUGAGAGCACAUUCCAAGGAGAAGCCAUUUAGCUGUGAUAUUUGCAGCAAGGCCUUUGCUGAGAAAGGAACUCUAGUGAAGCACAUGAGAGUCCAUACAAAGGAGAAGCCAUACAGCUGUGAAAUCUGCAAAAAGGCCUUUUCUUUCAAAAGUACGCUCGUGAAGCACAUGAAAGUACAUUCCAAGGAGAAGCCAUUCAGCUGUGAUGUUUGCAGCAAGACCUUCUCUGAGAAAAGUACUAUAAUUAAGCACAUGAGAUUACAUACCAAGGAGAAGCCAUUCAGCUGUGAUAUUUGCAGCAAGGCCUUUGCUGAGAAAGGAACUCUAGUGAAGCACAUGAGAGUCCAUACAAAGGAGAAGCCAUACAGCUGUGAAAUCUGCAAAAAGGCCUUCUCUUUCAAAAGUGCGCUAGUGAAGCACAUGAAAGUACAUUCAAGUGAGAAGCUAUUCAGCUGUUUGAUUUGCAAUGAGGCCUUCUGUAAGAAAUGUACUCUGGUAAAGCACAUGAGAGUACAUUCAAAGGAGAAGCCAUUCAGCUGUGAAAUUUGCAAAAAGGUCUUCUCUGAGAAAAGUUCUCUAGUAAAGCACAUAAGAGUGCAUACAAAGGAGAGGCCAUUUAGCUGUGAGCUAUGCAACAAGGCCUUCACUGAGAAAGGUACUCUAGGAAAGCACAUGAGAGUCCAUGCAAAGGUGAAGCCAUUCUGCUGUGAUAUAUGCAAAAAGACCUUCUCUGAGAAAAGUAAACUAGUAAUUCACAUGAGAGUGCAUACAAAGGAGAAGCCAUACAGUUGUGAAAUUUGCAAUAAGGCUUUCUCCGAGAGAGGUUCUCGAGUACGGCACAUGAGAGUGCAUACAAAGGAAAAGCCAUUCAGCUGUGCAAUUUGCAACAAGAAAUUCUCUGAGAAAGGUCAUCUAGUAAACCACAUGAAAGUACAUUCCAAGGAGAAGCCAUUCAGCUGUGAGACUUGCAACAAGGCUUUCUCACUAAAACAUAGUCUAGUUAGGCAUAGGAGAGUACAUACAAAAGGUGAAGAAGGUGAAGCUAUACCACCUGUGUGAUUUUCAGGAAAGCCUUCUUAGAAAUAAAAAAAACAAAGCAACACAUAAUGAGUGCAUGUAAUGGAGGAUUUAUAGAGCUUCUGUCAAAAAUUGAUAUGGCAAGACACAUAAAAGUAUUUACAAAGGUGAAAUUCUACAGCUGUGAGAUUAAAAAAAAGAAAUAGCCCAGUAUUGGAACUUGUAAAGUACAAACGAAAUAGAAGCCAUACAGAUGUGAAAUUUGCUGUAAGGCCUUGACAUUCAAAAGAAAUUUGGUAAUACAUAUAGUAAUUAAGGCGAAGUCGUAGAGAUGUGAUAAAUUCAUAUGAGAGUCCACACGAAUGAAAAGCCAUAUGAUUGGCAGAUUUGCACUAAGACCUCACAGAAAAGAAUUUAGUGAAACAUCUGAGAAUUCAUACAAAGGAAAUGCCAUGUAGAUGUGAGAUUUGCAAUAAAGCAUUGACUAUGAAA